AUGAUUUUACUAGAUAUAAGAGGUAUAACUAUUCCCUAUACUAUUAAAAAAAAGAAAGAAAUUAAGAAAAUACACGAAUUAAAAAGGACAAAGGAAAUAAAUGUUAUAGAAGCUUACUUAGACACUGAUCCAAACUACCUUACAUUAAGUGAAAUUCUUACAGAUUCAAAGCAAAAACUAGAAAACUUAAGACGUAGAAAAAUUGAGAGGCUCCAUGAAUACUUACAUAAAUUUUAUUAUUUUGAACAUGUAACUUAUAAUCUAGCUGUAGUGCCUAAUGCAGCAAUUAUCGAUGAAUUUAAUAUUCCAAAUGCAAAUUAUAGUUAUACAAAUUCAGAUAAUAGUAUUGUGAAAAAUGUGCCAAAUUAUAAUCAAACUAACAAUUCAUCUAGUGCCAAACGUCAAAUAAAUCAAAAUCAGAUGAAUCAUAAAACAAUUAUGUGCCAAAAAUUCAGAAUAUGGGAUUUGAUAAAACAAACAUUAGAUACUAAACAGCUAAUUGAGAGCGAUAUGAAUGAAGAUAACUGUAUUGAUAACACAGAAUUAGAAAAAGAGCUUUAA